CCCCCAAACUGUGAGUGUGGGCCAUUGGAGGCCUGGGACGCCUGGAUAUCAAAGAAGGGGUCUUUCUGCAGAAGCCGCUGAGCCACGCAGCCAUGCCAGAGGGAGCCCGUGGACUGAGCCCGUCCAAACCCAGCCCUCGCCUUAGCCCCCGCCACAGAGGUGACGUGUGUGACUGUGCAACUGUGUGUGAGACUCAGACAGCCUCCGCAGCCCCUGCCAUGGCCUCCCUCCGAGGUUCUGGGAGCUCCACAUCCUUGAGCACAGUGGGCUCUGAGGGGGACCUGGCCCCGGGGCCCACCCCUGCCUGCUUAGCCUCCAGACCGGAGCCCCUUCCAGGACCCCCCAUCCGCCUGCAUCUGUCGCCAGUGGGGACCCCUGGUUUGGCGAAACCCUCGAUGCUGGAGCGUGUGGCCCGUGAGAUCGUGGAGACAGAGCGGGCCUACGUCCGGGACCUCCGCAGCAUCGUGGAGGACUACCUGGGCCCCCUGCUGGAUGGCGGGGCCCUGGGGCUGAGCACGGAGCAGGUGGGCACGCUGUUUGCAAACAUUGAGGACAUCUACGAGUUCAGCAGCCAGCUCCUGGAGGACCUGGAGGGCAGCAGCAGUGCCGGGGGCAUUGCAGAGUGCUUCGUGCAGAGGAGUGAAGAUUUUGACAUCUACACGUUGUACUGCAUGAACUACCCGAGCUCCCUAGCCCUGCUCCGGGACCUGUCGCUGUCUCCACCAGCGGCCCUCUGGCUGCAGGAGCGCCAGGCCCAGCUCCGCCACUCGCUGCCCCUGCAGAGCUUCCUGCUGAAGCCUGUUCAGCGCAUCCUCAAGUACCAUCUGUUGCUGCAGGAGCUGGGCAAGCACUGGGUUGAGGGCCCGGGCACGGGGGGCCGCGAGAUGGUGGAGGAGGCCAUCGUGUCCAUGACAGCCGUUGCCUGGUACAUUAACGACAUGAAGCGCAAGCAGGAGCACGCUGCGCGCCUCCAGGAAGUGCAGCGGCAUCUGGGUGGCUGGACCGGCCCGGAGCUCAGUGCUUUCGGGGAGCUGGUGCUGGAAGGUUCAUUCCGAGGUGGCGGAGGGGGCGGCCCCCGACUUCGAGGGGGUGAGCGGCUGCUCUUCCUGUUCUCACGGAUGCUGCUCGUGGCCAAACGCCGGGGGCCAGAAUACACCUACAAGGGUCACAUCUUUUGCUGCAACCUGAGUGUGAGCGAGAGUCCUCGUGACCCUCUAGGGUUCAAGGUGGCCGAUUUGACCAUUCCCAAGCACAGGCACCUGCUCCAGGCCAAGAACCAAGAAGAGAAGAGGCUGUGGAUUCACUGUCUCCAGCGCCUCUUCUUUGAGAACCACCCUGCCUCUAUCCCAGCCAAGGCAAAACAAGUUCUCCUUGAAAACAGCCUGCACUGUGCUCCUAAAAGUAAGCCUAUCCCAGAGCCUGUGACUCCCCUACUUGGGUCCCCCAAACCUCGAGAUGCUAGAAGUUUCACCCCUGGACGAAGGAACACAGCUCCGUCCCCAGGCCCCUCCACUGCCCGCCGUGGCCGGAGACAGUCUGAGCCAGUGAAGGACCCUUAUGUCAUGUUUCCACAGAAUGAUAAGCCUAGACUCAAGCAUGCUGGCAGUGAGGGGGAGCUCUACCCCCCGUUAGAGCCUCAGCCAUCGGGUCCAGCUUCUGGACCUCCUGAGGACUUGGAAGACACUGGACCCCCCACGCUGGACCCCUCUGGGACCUCAAUCACUGAAGAAAUCCUGGAACUGCUGAACCAAAGAGGCCUCCGGGAUGCAGGGUGCCCACGACAGCCACCUCCCCACGACAUUCCCACGUUCCCUGGAGACUCCCAAGUGCCACGUGAUGGCGAAAGUCUCACAUUCCCAGCCCUGGCCAGCCGGGACUCUUCAGAAGAGGAGGACGAAGAGCUGGAGGUGGACGAACGGGGCCCUUCCCCACUCCACGUCCUGGAGGGACUCGAAAGUUCCGGUGCAGCUGAAGUUCCCGACAUUCCUGGCCUUUCCAAAAAUCCUGCCGUGCCCACCCUCCCUGAAAUGUCUAGCCUUUCUGAAAUCCCUCCCAUGCCCUGCCUUCCCAGUCUCUCUGACAUUUCCAGUGUUUUUGAAAUGCCCUGCCUUCCAGUCAUACCUAGUGUCCCCGACAUUCCUGGUCUUUCCAGCCCUCCCACCCUCCCCUGUGACUCUUGGCUGCCCGGCCCUCUGCAGGAGCCAGAUGAGGCUCUAGCCACCAGGAGAGAACGGUUCUCUGGAGACCGUGCUGGGAAACUGGGAGAGCCCUCCCCAGACGGCAGGGCAGGGCAGGCAAGGGAGGAGGACGAUGGGGUAGCGUUUCCAGAUUUCCAGCCCCAGGAUGGCACCCAUGAUCACGGGUUCCAGGAUGAGCUGGGAUUCCGCUCCUGCUCAGAAAUCCGGAGUGCCUGGCAGGCUCUGGAGCAGGGGCAGUUGGCCCGGCCAGGUUUCCCAGAACCGCUGCUGAUUCUGGAAGAUUCAGACCUGCGUAGAGGGAGUGUGAGUGGAAAGCCUGGAGCCCCCGGUACCGAGCGGGCCGCAUCCCGAGUGCGGGAGUUGGCCCGGCUUUACAGCGAGCGGAUCCAGCAGAUGCAGCGGGCCGAGACUCGGGCGUCGGCCAAUGCUCCCCGCCGCAGGCCACGGGCUCUAGCCAAACCCCAAGUGUCCCACUGCCUGCCCCAUGAGCAGGCCGAGCCAGGGCCCCUGCCUGCAUUUGGACACGUGCUGGUAUGUGAACUGGCCUUCCCGCUGACUUUGGCCCAGGAAUCUGUCCCUCUGGGCCCUGCUGCCCAGGUUCAAGCUGCUGCACCCCUGUCUAAGCAGGGAGGCUGCCUGCGUGGCCAGGGUCUAGAUGUCUCCAGUUUGCCUGAGCAAGACCAUCAGGGCAUCCGGAUUCCAGAUGCUACCACUUUGCCUGAGCAAGGCCUCUGGAACACCCAGAUUCCAGCCACCACACCUUUUCCCAAGCAGGAAGGCCCAGGUGUCCAGGUUCCAGCUAUUACAUCUCUACCUGAUCAAGAAGGCCACCUGGAAAUGCAAGUUUCAGUGGCCACUCCUUCGCCUGCGCAUAGAGGCCACAGGAACAUACAGCUUCCGGCUACCACCUUUCUCCCUCAGCAAGAGUGUCAGAUGGACAUCCAAGUUCCAACCACCCCAGCUUUGCUGAAGCAGGGAAGUUGUCCUCGUGUCCCAGGUUUAGCCAUUUCUCCCAUGCCCAAGCCAGAAGACGACCGAGACUGCCAAAGUCCAGCCAACAGCCCAUUAACUAAGCAGGGAGGUUUCGGGGAUGUUCGGUCCCCAGCCACUGACUGCAGCCAAGCCAUUGACCCUUUGCUUCUGCAUGGAAGCAGCCUGGACCACCAGAUCCCAGCCAACACCCCACUGCCCUCGGAACCCGACCUCCCAGACACUCAGGUUCUGGAUACCUCACCUUUGCCUGUAUAUGGAAGCCGCCUAGACCAUCAGAUCCCAGCCAAUGCUCCGUCGUCUUUGCCCCAGGAUCUCCCAGACAUUCAGGCUCCAGCUGCCAUCACCGUGCCCCAGCCACAAGGCCUCAUGGACACACGGGUCCAAGCACUCCCUCCUUUGCCCAAGCAGGGAGGCCUGCCAGACGUCCAGGGUGCCACUGCUGUCCCUUUGCUCCAGGAGCAAAGCUCCACAGACCUCCAGGUCCCCAAACCUACACCUUUGUCGGAGCAAAAGAGCCUCACAGACAUCCAUGGUACAGCUGCCACUCCUCUGCCUGAGCAAGGAGGCUCAUGGGACGUUCAGGGCCUGUCACCCACCCCAGUGCAGACCACUGUGGCUUUGUCAAAACCAGAAGGCCACCCUGUCUCUCCUGUUGCCAGGUCAGAGUCUUCAGACUUGACUCCACCCCACAGUCCCUCACCCCCAACCCGUCAGCUCCUGGGUCCCAACGCAGCCGCUCUCUCAAGAUACCUGGCAGCCUCAUACAUCAGCCAGAGCCUAGCUCGGAGGCAGGGGCCUGGGGGAGAGGCCCCCCAAGCUUUCCGGGGUUCCUGGUCCUCUUCUGCCCCCACAUCACGGGCACCUUCACCGCCGCCCCAGCCCCAACCCCCACCACCUCCAGCCAGGAGGCUCAGCUAUGCCACCACAGUGAACAUCCACGUCGGGGGUGGUGGGCGGCUACGGCCAGCCAAGGCCCAGGUCAGGUUGAACCACCCUGCUCUAUUAGCUUCCGCCCAGGAACCUGCGGGCUUUCCCAGAGCCCAGGGGGCUCCUGAUGCCCCUUUCCACAUGUGAGCCAGGAUAUCGGGCUUCUUAAAAAGCAAGGACUUCAACCGAAUGCCACGGACUCUCAGAACUUCACCUAGAAGUCCAGACACUGAAGACAAGUCUAAAAUGGCUGCGGCUUUCCGACUUCUGGGUCUGCUUUGGCAAGUGGUCCUUAUUACUUAUCUUGAUUAACUCAGCAGGGAUGGGGGUAGGGAUUUCAUUAAUAUUCUGUUAAUUAAUAUUAUGAAAUUAUGUCUCUUUUUCCCAUUCUGGAGAUAGUGGGGGAUAACAGAAGACGGUGAUGAGUGGGAAGGUCUGUCACAGUACAACUCAGUGGUUCUGAAAAUUGGGGGAGUCUCAAACUCUUUCAAGAAUUGCUGGAACCUGGACU